UUGAGCUCACAAUUCUAGGCCGUGUUGACGGCGGAGCUGCAAGAUGACGCCGCCCAGUAUGCACGCUCGCUCUCCUCCGGCCCACUUCUUGGACGGUAUGAGCACCACGCCUCCUUUGCACAGCGUCUUCAGGACAAACUACGUCGUAUCUACGCGACUAUCACAUGCACGCGAUCUUCAGAUGUUGCCGAGUACCGAGCAGCACAGCGGCCACCUCGUCCCUCUUUGCAGGUGCAUCAGCCGCGGCACGCCCCGCGCCCACGUAUGGAGGUACCGCCGAGCCCGAGGCCACCAUCUCCUAACCAGGCAGGAGGUUCUGGGUGGCAAAACCAGCAGCAGCAGGAGCCUACUUACGAGUAUUGGCAGCGUGCCGGCUUCGGCAUGGAGCAGCAAUUUCCCAUGCCUAACUUCGGGUGGCGUCCCCGUAUGGAUGAGCCAGAGGGUGAGGGACAUAUGUCGACGGGGUCCGGAUCACGAUCCUUCUGGUCCAGUGCUCACGAUCAGGACGAAACACAGCAGAGCUAUCAAGACUGGAUGUCAAGUCAACAGCAAACUCCACCUCCAGAUCCCACGCAAGUACGGCCAGCACGAGCAGGGGUACAUGCUUCCUCCCCGACAUCGCCAGCCACCUGUUCGUAUGUACUCGCCGUCACCUUUUCAGGCUCGACCGCCACCGAGGCGAGGUGGAGGGAGGGGCCGUGGUCAGUGAGAUGAGUACUAUUUGUAUGCGCCAUGUAUGACUACUAUUUCUAUUUAACGAACAUUUCAUAUUGAACU